AUGUCAAAAGUUCGCCCAAUGAACUGUUCGAUUCUCCUAGUUGUCAUUUUCCUUUCUUCCUUGACGGUAUACGAUAACCCACCGCUGCUGGUCUCCGCCGCAAGCCACGGUGCGUCCAGCGCCUACGAAAUCCUCCAAUCCUAUGACUUUCCCGUGGGCCUCCUCCCUAAAGGCGCCACCGGCUAUGAUCUGGAUGAGCAAACCGGUAAAUUCAAUGCUAACUUUAACAAGUCUUGCAGCUUUUCGUUGGAGGGUUCGUAUCAAUUGAAGUAUAAUUCCAAGGUCAGUGGUUACAUAUCCAAGGACAAGCUCUCAAGGCUCACCGGCGUUAGCGUCAAGGUUUUCUUUAUCUGGCUCAACAUUUUGGAGGUUACUCGGAACGGCGAUGACCUUCAGUUUUCCGUUGGGAUUGCCUCCGCAGAUUUCCCAGUUGAUAAUUUCGAUCUUAUUCCGCAGUGUGGGUGCGGAUUGAAUUGCGAUGGGGAAACCAGGAAGAUUCUCAGGAGUCCUUUUGUUUCUUCAAUUUAG